CAGAGAGUCGACCUAGUGAUCACUGACUUCAGAGCAGAGACGGAGAGAGACACAAACACAAACACAACGACUGAGAGGACUCAAACCGCGGCAGCGCUGAUAUCUGUGCGUCUGCACAGCUUAAAGUUGCUGGUAUCAGGCUGGAGUUGGUUUGUGUUUCUCAUGGGUGCAUCUGUUUGCCGGCACGGCCACUCGCUCCUGUCCCGUCACAGCAGGCCUGGUCACAAGGGCUCUCUGAUUGGUGGGGAUGACUCUCUAGACGGUCUGGACAGACAGGAGGACAUCGCCCAGUUCCCAUAUGUGGAGUUCACAGGCCGAGAUAGCAUCACCUGUCCUACCUGCCAGGGGUCCGGACGCAUCCCAUCAGGGCAGAUGAAUGAGUUAGUUGCUCUGAUCCCCUACAGCGAUCAAAGGUUACAGCCAAGGAGAACGAAGUUAUAUGUGGUGCUGUCAGUGAUUUUGUGUCUACUGGCGUCUUUUUUGGUGGCGUUCUUCCUGUUUCCACGUCCUGUGCUGGUUGUUGAUGAUGGCAUUCGCUCUGUGACUGUGCAUUUUGACCGUAACAACAGCAAAGUGAUCAUCAACAUGACGGUGAUUUCUGUUACAUGUCUUUUUUUCGUUUUUAUGAUGGAUUCUUUGCUUUGUUUUGCUUUGCAACAGCUAGACAACAUCAUCCACAUUCAACCUCUCAGCCAGAGACAGGUCAACUUCACUGUCAGUAUGGAGAUUGGAGGAAGUCUCUCUUACGUUUAUGCCUUCUGCACCAUGGCAAGCAUCAAGGUCCACAACAUUGUGGUGUUUAUGCAGACCUCUGUGAAAACCUCCUACAUGGUGCGGGCGGCACAGAACACACUGGAAGCUUACCGCUACAUAGACUGUGGCGCCAACUCCACCAUCCACCAGCCCUCAGGACUGGUUUGGUCUAAACCUCACUUCCCUCAGAAUGGGAAACUGCUCAGGUGAAGCAUCGGCCGGCGGACACUUAUCAUCAUACGGUUUGAUUCUCCACGGCAGCUCAGUUUCAUCAAUUUUGACUCCAGAUUUUGUGCUGCACUGAAACUGAACCCAUUGAACAGAGCAGCUGUGAUGUAAGAUAUUGCUUGAAUUGUUUUCUCAGCACAGAUAAUGAUGGUGUGAUAAAAAACAGAGCUCUCCGUUUAAAGUCUUUGCCAUCUCAAGAGCUGUAAUGUUAAUCUAUAGUCUAAUAAGGGUGUUAUAUAAUUUUGCAGUGAUUUAUAAAAAAUUAGAUUUAAUGAAUGGAUUGUCAAUGAUGAGGUGCACUUUAAAAUACUUUGUUUUGAUGUAUGAGCUGUUCUGUAAAAUAUUUGAUACAUUCUUGAUUAAGUCUCAUGCAAAUGUCUCUAAUUGUCUCUGCAAUGCAAAGUCAUUUCUCCGAUCGAUGGGUUUUGAAGUGACACAUUCAGCAAUAUCAGUCAACUCAAAUCCAUCCAUCAGUCACAAAGACGUAAUUAUCAGAACAAAUGACAUGCAUAGACUAAAAUCAGCAUGCGUGUAUGUUCUCAUUGUUGUGAAGUGAAAAGUGUUCAGACUGCAGUGUGAUACUGAGAAUGAGGGAACUGUUACAAAACAGUGGUUAGCUUCUGUGAUGCCAUGAAAACUGAGAUUGAGGACAUUAGAUGUACAAUAGCAGGAUGUUUUGUUCUCACUCAAACAUUAGGGCUUUCACCAAGUUUUUAGACCAACGUAUUAGACAGUCGACAACCAUGAGAAUCAAAUGACUGGUUUAGACUCUGAAAAAAAAGGUACAAAAGCUAUUCUUGGGUUGGUACCCUUUCAAAAGGUAUUAAUAUAGGGAUUAAUAUGUGCAUGUUUGGUGCGAAUAUAUAACUUUAAAGUACCAAUAUGCUUGUUUACAUGUAAAAGAGG